CCUAAAACUAACAUUCCUCUGACUUUGACUGUGGACCAAAGACAAGCAGUAAGGACUAUGAAACAAAAAUUACUUUUUGUUUUGUAUGUUUCGUUUCUCUUCUCAGCCACUCUGGCUGAAGACAAAGAAAAACGUUCCACUGUGUGUUACGGUGAUCUAGGUUGUUUCAGCACAGGAGGCGCUUUUACUAGCUUAUACAGACCUGUAAACCUUAGUCCACAGUCUCCGGCUUCUAUCAAUGCCCGCUUCUUGCUAUUUACCCAAGAGAACUCACAGAAUAAAGCCUACCAACUUCUCAAUGCCAACAAUUUUGACAGCAUCCAAACCUCGAACUUUCAGUCCUCGAGAAAAACAAAAGUCAUUAGUCACGGCUUCAUCGAAAAUGGAUUUGCAGACUGGAUGAUGCAAAUGAAAGACGAGUUACUGAAGUUCGACGACUACAAUGUGAUUCUUCUUGACUGGGGUGGCGGUUCUAAACCGCCUUACACACAGGCAACUGCAAAUACUAGAGUUGUGGGCGCAGAGCUAGCUAAACUUAUCAGAGUCCUAAUGGAUAAGACUUCAGCUAGAGCGGAGGACUUUCACCUGAUUGGACACAGUUUAGGAGCACACAUUUGCGGAUAUGCCGGUGAAAGAACUCAAAAUCUUGGACGCAUCUCAGGGCUGGAUCCUGCGGAUCCGUAUUUCCAGUAUACGGACACAACAGUGAGACUCGACCCUUCUGAUGCAAAGUUCGUAGAUAUAAUGCAUACAAACGGAGCAAGCAUCCUGACGCUUGGAUACGGUAUGAGACAACCAUGCGGUCAUGUUGACUAUUACCCCAACGAAGGACUCAACCAACCAGGUUGUGAUGCAAAUCCUGUAACCAAGCUACUUACAGAGGGAGAUAUAUACGAAGGUGGUAAGCAGAUUGUUGCAUGUAGCCAUCUAAGGGCGCAUCAUUACUUUACGGAAUCUAUCAACAGCAGAUGUCCUUUUAAUGGGUAUAAAUGUAACAGCUAUGCUGACUUUGAGCGUGGUUUAUGCCUGCCAUGUAGCGGUGGAAAUUGCGGAUACAUGGGCUUUCAUGCUGAUAAAACAAAACCUCCUGCAGGAAAAACGCACGUGAAAUAUUUCCUAGACACAGGGAAAGUGGCUCCUUACUGUAGAUAUCACUAUCAAAUUGACGUACAAUUUGGACAACUGGGAAGUAAGUCAGAAAAGGGAACACUUUAUAUGAAUCUCAUUGGCAGCAAUGGGCAACUUGGGGAGCACCAGCUGAAUACAGAUGUCCUGGAGGUUCAGCCCGGACAUACGUACGGAUUUAUGGUAACAUCUACACAUGACAUUGGAGAUCUCUCACAGAUGACCUUCAGAUGGGAGCUCGAUUCACACUGGUACAACCCUCUCACGUGGAGCUUACUGUCCACUCACGCAAUCCAAAUAGACACCGUAGAUAUUGUUAACGGUGAAACCAAUAAAAAGAAGCGGUUUUGUGGUUUCAAUGCUGGAGUGCAGAACUCAGUCACAAGAACCUUUCAAGACUCUUGUUAAAACGUGUGUUUUGAUAUUUGUUGAUUAAAUGUCUACAUUUCACCGGUAAAGCAGA